AUGGCGCCUAAAGGUAAAUCCUCUCGAGGUCGCGGAGGUGGCGCUACCACCAGAAGAGGGGCCGCCGGAGGUGGCCAAACCAGCAGACAAGAAGCCACCGGAGGUGGCCAAACCAGCAGACAAGAAGCCGCCGGAGGUGGCGUAACCACCAGACGAGUAGCCGCCGGAGGUGGCCAGGCGCUACCACAACAAGCUGUAGGAGGAGGCGAGACCAGCAGACCAGUGAGACCAGGAGGUCGAGUCCGAACCUUCGUUGGUCACAGACCACCAGUCACUGCGAGUGGAGUCGGAACAUCUUCAAACGCGUCGAACCCACCCUCGGCAAGUCAGUCUGCGACCCAAUCUCAAGUGAGUCGUCCUUCACUUAAUUCUAGUAGACAGAAUCCUCCUCCUAGGCAGACUCCUCCUCUCAAUAGACAGACUCCUCCUCCUCAGCCGCAGCAUCAGCCACCGUCUCCUCAAACCCAGCCUCUACCGGAACAUGAUGCGAAUAACCAAGUGCUACCUGAAAAUGAAGACCUUGUAGAGGAAGAGAUCGAUGAUGUAGGACAAGAAGAUGACAAAGAAAACCCUAAUCCUGGGGAAGACUACCAAGAAAUGCUGGAUCGUUUGCUAGCUCUUCCAGGCCGAGAACAUCUUCCUCGAUUGUCUUGUACUCAUAUAGAUGACCAAGGCAACCCUUAUGGCCUUGGAUCACUAGUGGAGACCCUACACAAGGGAAAAAGGAAGGAGAGUUACGCAAGCUAUUCUUCUACAGUGACAGUUGUUGAGCUUCAAGAGCAGCUGCGGCGCAAGAUCUCUGAUCAGGAUGCUGAGAAUGCAAGACGUGAUGAGGAGCACCGGAAGUCUCAAGCUCGGAUCGCAAGCUUGGAGAAGCUCAUCCUUUUCAUGAAAGACAAAGAUCCAGACUUGGCAGCUUUUAUGUCAACCUCUCCACUCCUUGAACCAGAAGUGAUCAUACCACCCACCACUACAACAAACACCCUUCCAGCCACCACAGGAGCUGCAGUCCAACCAGCAGGACACACCACUGGAACCACACCAACCUCUCCUCUAUCCACCGCCUCAAAUGAGGAAACUUGA